GCUGGCCUCCCGCGUCCAUCAACCGAACAUCUAAAAAAUGGAGAACGACCAAGGUGUCCUCGUCGACCUUUACGUCCCCCGCAAGUGCGCGGCCACCAACCGUCUCAUCACCGCCAAGGACCACGCCUCCGUCCAGAUUAACGUCGCUGACGUUGACGAGUCUGGCCGUGCCAUCCACGGAUCCAACACCACCUAUGCUCUUUGCGGUUUCGUUCGUGGCAAGGGCGAGUCUGACGACUCUUUGAACAGGUUGGCUACCAGGGAUGGUUUGUUGAAGAACGUCUGGUCCUACUCCCGCUAAACAAUUAGCAACCAUUCGUCCUUUCUUUUCGUUCUUCCGU